GACCUGCAAAGCCACCAAAAUCAGCUGUGCUGGCGGCGCAAUACUCUAGCUACUAUCAUGGCGACCACCGGUGCAAGUGAUCUGUCGGCGUCGAUCGUGCAGACGGCGGAUGAGCCACGGCCCCUUCCGCACGUCGUCCUGCUGGCCAGCCCCGGGAUGGGCCACCUCAUCCCCCUGGCCGAGCUCGCGCGCCGGCUCGCGGUUGACCACGGCUUCGCCGCCACGAUCGUCACGCUCACCAACCUCUCCGACGCGGCCGCCGACGCCACCGUGCUCUCCUCCAUGCCGGCGUCGGUCUCGACCGCCGUGCUCCCCGCCGUCGCGCUGGACGACCUCCCGCCGGGCGUCGGCUUCGGCACCCUCAUGUUCGAGCUCCUCCGCCGCUCGCUCCCGCACCUCCGCGCCGCGCUCAUGGGCUCGGCGGCCGGCCUCGGCCCCACCGCUGCGCUCGUGUGCGAUUUCUUCGGCACCGCCGCGCUCCCCCUCGCCGCGGACCUCGGCGUCCCGGGGUACGUCUUCUUCCCCAACAGCUUCACCUUGGUCUCCGUCAUGCGGCGCCUCGCGGAGCUCCACGACGGCGCCGCCCCCGGCGAGUACCGCGACCUCCCGGACACGCUCCGGCUCCCGGGCUGCGUGCCGCUGCGCCACGCCGAGCUGCCCGACGGGUUCCGCGACCGGACCGACCCUGUCUACGCCUACCUCGUCGAGGAGGCGCGGCGGUACGGCCGCGCCGAUGGCUUCUUGGUCAACAGCUUCGAGGAGCUGGAGCCCGCCGUUGCGGAGGCGUUCGACCGGGACGCCGCAGCCGGCGCGUUCCCGCCGGUGUACCCCGUGGGGCCGUUCGUCCGGUCGAGCAGCUCCGACGAAGAAGCCGACGAGCUGGACUGCUUGGGGUGGCUCGACAGGCAGCCGGCGGGGUCGGUGUUGUACGUCUCCUUCGGUAGCGGCGGCGCGCUGUCCGUGAAGCAGACGGCCGAGCUCGCCACCGGCCUGGAGACGAGCGGCCACCGGUUCCUCUGGGUGGUGCGCAUGCCAAGCCAUGACGGGAACAACAACGCCUUGGGGGGCGAUGGUAGCGACCGGAGCAAGGGCGACCCGCUGGCCUGGCUUCCGGAGGGCUUCCUGGAGAGGACGAAGAGCAGGGGCCUCGCCGUGGCCGGGUGGGCGCCGCAGGUGCGCGUGCUGGCGCACCCGGCGACGGCGGGGUUCAUGUCGCACUGCGGGUGGAACUCGACGCUGGAGAGCCUGGCGUCCGGCGUCCCGAUGAUCACCUGGCCACUGUACGCCGAGCAGAAGAUGAACGCGGCCAUCCUGACGGAGCUGACAGGGGUGGCGCUGCGGCCGGCGGUGAGACGAGAGGACGGCUUCGUGGCGGGCGAGGAGGUCGUGGCGGUCGUCAGGGAGCUCAUGGAAGGGGAGAAGGGAAGGGCCGUGCGCCAGCAAGCCAGGCGGCUUCAGGAGGCAGCGGCACGGGCGUGUACGCCGGAGGGGCCGUCGCGGCAGGGGCUGGAGAAGGUCGCCGGCAAGUGGAUGGCCGGGCUUCGCAACGGGGAUUGACUUGGUGCAUGUUUUUUUUAUCGAAAAAAACAUAUUAUUUGUACACAUGGGACAAUCCAUGAUACUCUGUUUUCUCUCUCCCUACUCUGUUUUGUGGAAUGAAAAUGCACGGUAAUUGUUUGAAGAGUUGUCCUGAUUUUCGUCCUAGUUAAACAUGUUACUUAGAUCACAAUAGUUAUAUGUAAGUCAUCUGAAU